CUCUCCCGUUCCAUGUUGGGCAUUGGUCGCCUCAACAAAUACCCAUUCGCAGAACCAGUUUUCCUUUUUGCUACAGUUUUGUGCACGUUCUGCCCUGAGCAAUGUCGGCCGUAGGGGGAUUGCGCCAUCGAAAGUAGACGCACUCUGCAACAACAACAGCCAACCCGGACGCGGGCUUGCAGGCCAUCCAUCGUCGAUUUGGCCUUGUCGACAUGCCCAAGGGGCCUCGGUUUCGCGACGUCGCCCACAGAAUAUCGGCCUUCGUGACGCGUCCUCAGCCCGGCUCCUCCCACCCCACGCCGAGGGACGAUGCGAGACUAUUAUUCUGUGGCCGAAAUAGGUCAUUCAGCUGGACCAAUCGGGUAUCGCGUAGGACGAACCCAAUAUCUCCUGCGCAUUUAACUGCGUGGACACUCGUGGGCUGCACCAUCGUCGCAGCUUCACUGAUAACUUGGUCGCCAGUAGCAUAUGCUGAAGCGCCGACUGCGCAGCCCAAGAGGUGGAUUCGCUUGGACGAGGUGAAGCAACAUGGCAGAGACUCGGAGCGGAAAUGGGUCAUCAAGGGCACUCGGGUGUUUGACAUUACGGAUUGGAUAGCAGCUCAUCCUGGUGGUCCCGUCAUUCUGCAUGCGGUUGGCUGCUCAAUCGAUCCAUAUUGGAACAUUUUCACCAUCCAUCAAAAGCAAGACGUGUAUGAUGUGCUCGAGGAAUACUUCAUUGGCGAGAUCGAUCCACGAGACCUGGUCGAUGGUAAGGUCGCAGAACAUGACGUCGAAGAUCCCUUUGUGAAUGAUCCUAUUCGAAAUGCCCGCCUGCUGCAGCACACCCAGAAGCCUUGCAACGCCGAGGCACCAGCCGACUCUCUCGAAUCAUACCUUACCCCGAAUGACACCUUUUACGUGCGCAAUCAUCUGUGGGUUCCCGAGUUGGACGAAAAGACCCACACCUUAACUGUUGAGCUUCCCGAUGGGACCGAAAAGGAAUACACUCUCCGUGACCUCAAGCGCAACUUUCAGCCAUUCACCAUCACCGCCACCUUGCAAUGUUCUGGGAAUCGCCGGAAACACAUGACUGCCGGAGCAAGACCUGCGAUUGGCCUGCAGUGGGAUGUAGGCGCCAUCUCAAACGCACAAUGGACCGGUGUUCGUUUGCGGGACAUCCUCCGUGACGUAGGAUUUCCGGUCGAUGGCUGCGAUUCCGAGGAAGCCAAGCACGUCCAGUUUGUAGCCGCCGAAGCAUACGGCGCUUCGAUCCCCAUUGAAAAGGCUCUUGAUCCGAGAGGCGAUGUCAUGCUCGCAUAUGAAAUGAAUGGCAAAACCCUGCCGCCUGAUCAUGGAUACCCCCUGCGAGUACUAGUGCCAGGCAACACAGCGGCGAGAAGUGUCAAAUGGAUCGAGAAGAUCAUCCUGGCCGAAGAGGAGAGUCAUUCGCAGUGGCAACGGCGGGACUAUAAAUGCUUCGGCCCCAAUCAGAGUGCCAAGGAUGUGGACUGGUCGACUGCACCCGCCAUUCAGGAGACGCCCGUGCAAAGCGCCAUCACAUCGAUAAGAGAUAUAUCCCGAAGCUCUCGCCAUGGUCGAAGGUCAUUGCAGGCAUACGGCUUAGAUGAAGAUGCCGUCCAAGUCAAAGGAUAUGCAUUCAGUGGAGGAGGGAGAGAGAUUGUUCGAGUCGACGUCAGUGCCGAUGGCGGGAAGACCUGGCAACAAGCGCGUCUCCUCCCGGAUGAGUCGAAAGGCCACAAAGCUUGGUCAUGGAAACAGUGGGAGUUUGUGGUGCCCAAGCGCCUCGCUGGAAAGCAGUUCGCCGUCAAAGCCGUCGAUGAGACCUAUAAUUCUCAACCAGAAUCCUACGAGGCUCAGUUCAACUUUCGCGGCAAUCUCACCACCGCCUGGCACAAGAUUGACUACUCUCGCACGAGCGAUGGGCCCUCGAGAUAAAGCCGGGUUUGGUUCACUACCCGCGCACCCGGCGGACCCAGGCAGCCGGCAACAAUUUGAUCCCGAGGGCAGAGCGCACCCUGGACACGACUUUUUGGACACCAUGCGAUUCAGCUGGGCAUCGGCGAAUAUGCUUGUGUUUGAAGAAUGAUUUCCACAAGCUUCAGUGCUUUCUCUUCCUCAGUCCUGCGAGUCAUCAAUUGAAGACCCACGGGAGCUCCAUGGAAUGCAAAAUUAUCAUCUGACACUGCUGUUAGCGGGCGAAUUUGGAGUUGGGAAGGAAGGAGACAUGCAUGCAUCAUUCACAGAUUCAUCGUCUCUGCUGAGUGGGACGAAGACAUCGGGCUUUGGGUCCAGAUAUCUGUCGAUGAAUCCGGCCGGAAAAGAGACGGCGACGAAGUCGAGUACGUUUACUAUGGCACUGUAUCCUGUAUCUGUAAUUAGCGUCUUUCAUAAUGUUAAUCCUCC